CAGUUUUUUCUAAGCUGUUAAAAGUUGGUUUUGUCCAGGAUUUAUAGAAACAUUUCCAUCUGUUUCAGCCCCUGGAGAUUCCUGCAGGCAGACUACUCAGCAGGUUUGCAGAUCUCUCUUAAAAAUCCAUAUCUCCCUUCUCAGGAGAAUGAUCAGUGUCCCAAGUCAUUUUAGUUGCUGAAUUUCUCUAUCCCCUCUCUACAAUUAUGAAGACUCUUCAGUACUUUUUGUGUGACCUUUGGGUAGCCCAUAUGGAUUUUUUGUGUGUGUGUUGCUUUUAUUUACCAUUGUAUUAACAUGUGCUUGAAAGCAAUUACAGCAGUUCCUGAGCGUGCACAGGAAUAGCAUAAAACAAGGACAUGUUGGUAACUUUUUGCUCAAAGCCUGUGCCUAAACUUUUAAAAUGUUUUGGGGGCGUUUUUACCUCCUGGGAAUUUGAAAAUAGGUUGAGAAGCCUCUUGUUCAUCUAAUGAAUUUUGGGAACUGAAGAUCAGAAGAUAUGUGCUUUAAAACAGACUCCAAACACAGAUUACUAGUGAUUUCCUAUCCUUGUGCUGAACCAGGAGAAUAAAUCUUGAUCCCUGAGCCCAAGUGAGCGAGGCAUUUCUAACAGAACAGGGAUGUCAGGGAUCAAAUAAAUUUGGAGGACAGCCCAAUAGCAAACACUUAUUAUUUAUACUGAACUUUAAAAAUACUGCUGUAAUUAUCGAAGGGGAAUAUCCGCUCUCCUCCAACAUUAUUCUUUAAUAUGUGGAGUUGAUGGAAGACACUGAUACUUGAAAUUAACAUUAAAUCGGAAGAGCUUAUGCUCUUGGGAAUGAGAUAUGUGGAGAAGAUAACUAGCUGGAGAAAAGGCCAAGUGCAUCUAAGAUUGAUGUGUUCGACCUGCUGAUCAUCCUGAAAUGUAAUCCUGAAAGGGCAGGAGCUAUAGAGACACUUCUUGCAUGGCAGAGACUCGCUCUGUGAUUAGCUCAGGCAGGACUGAAAUGCUACAUAGUGUUGUUGUAUGUCCUGGCUGGGUUUUUUUAAUGCCCGUUUGUUCAGUUUAUAUUGAUCUUUCUGGAUUUAUCCAUUGGAGGAGAAGGAGAAACGUCUGAUUUAGAUUGUUGGUGUUUUGUUUUUAAUUUUGUUAAGGCCCCACAGGCCUUUGGGCACGUGGCACCAAGGAAGAGAAACCAUUAUGGUGAGAAACAGAAGAGGAACCCUAUAAGGAGUGCCAGGAGGAAGGGGCUGUAGGUUCCUGAGCCCCUCUCCUCUCCUUCCCAUCUGCCCCACUGACUGGAAACACACAAAAGCUCUAUACUUAACCAGCUCUGUCAACUGUUGGAACCUGCUGGUGGGGUGAGGACGCAUUCCUGAGCGAUAUGUGUGGCCGAAGUGCACUGCUGCAGCUGGUAGCAUGAGUGCUGGCCCCCAGCUGCAGCUGGCUGUCCUCUGGCCUUGGCUGCUAAUGGCUACACUGCAGGUCGGACUUGGCCAUACUGGGCUGGCACUGGCAGCGGAGUCAGAGAGGUCAGCAGCACAGAAGGCUAUUAUUAGGGUGAUCCCCUUAAAAGUGGAGCCAAUCACAUUGGAAGGGGUGUUUGCUAAUGUUGCUGAGGUUACUCCAGCAGAAGGAAAAUUGCUGCAGUUCCACCCGCUGUCUCUGUGUAACACCAGUGAGGACGAGCACACCGGCUCCGGCUUUGUCACUAUUGUCAAACUCGAGCGGCCCGAUCGAGAUCUGCACCCCUGUCUGUCAUUGGCCAACAAGGCGAAGCUAGCAGGGGAGCGGGGGGCUCGUGCCAUCCUCUUCGACAUCACAGAUGAUGAAAGUGCUGCUGACCAGCUGAGGAAACCCAGGGGCCUGACUCAGCCUGUGGUUCUGAUCCGGGGCCAUGAUGCUGAGCUUCUGAUGGGCGUCGUGAACAAGAAUCGAGAAGCACAUGUGAAGAUUGAGGUUAAAGAGCAGCCAGCAUGGCCAGACUAUGAUGUGUGGAUUCUUCUCACAGUGCUGAGCACUGUCAUUGUGAUCGUUCUGAUUUUUGUCGUUCGCACCAAGUGUCACUGGAACAGGACUCAGGACUCCUUGCAGCAGCAGACCAUGCAGGCGAUCAGCCAAUUGGCCAUCCGGAAGUACCAGGCCCGGUGCCGACAGGCCGCCCUAAGGGAUUCAGCCAGCAGCUGCAGCUCAGCCCCCGUCUGCGCUAUCUGUCUGGAGGAGUUCAGCGAGGGCCAGGAGCUGCGGAUUAUUUCCUGUUCCCAUGAGUUCCACAGAGAGUGUGUCGACCCCUGGCUGCAGCAGCACCACACCUGCCCGCUCUGCAUGUUCAAUAUCAUCGAGGGGGCUGCCUUUGCCCAGCCUGCACAUUUGAGGCAGAAUUCCCAGGAUCUGGAACCUGGGCAGCGGCUUCACCUCUUCCGGCAACACCCAGGACACGCCCUGUAUCACCUCCCAGAGGCCCACCCCCAGCGGCGGCUCAGGAACUUUGCUUCGCAGCUCCCCCAUGGCAACCCCUUCUUCCAUUCCCCAGAGCUCUCCCAGUUGGAUUUCAGCACCAUGCACUAUUUGCCAUACAGGCCAGUGGGCUCCAGGGCCACAUGCAGCCAUCAGCCCUCUCUAGCCCAAGGCCUAGGGAAUGAGCAGCACCGAAAAUCUCGAGCAUGUGGGCAGAUGCCAUCUUCUCACAGGACCUGCCCACUUCAGCACCAGGCCCGUUGCCUGGGAUUCAGGACGGCGGUAGUCCCGAGACAGCACCACGCUGCCCCUCUUCGUCGGGGAACCACUCAUGGGAGACAGCACAACAGCAGUGUCUCAGGGGAGAGCUAUCUCACAGAGCACAGUGGGUACCUGGCUGAUGGGCCAGGCAGUGACUCCAGCUCUGGACCCUGUCAUGGCUCCUCCAGUGAUUCUAUGUUGAAUUGCACAGAUGUCAGCCUCCAAGGCAUCCAUGGGAGCUGCUCCACCUUCCGCAGCUCCCUGAGCAGUGACUAUGACCCCUGGGUGUACUGUAGCUCCACUGACAAUGGCCAGGAGCAGCUGCAGCCUCCAGGGGAGCCAAGGCCGAGGUCUUUGGACUGGAAGGAGACUGGCAGCACUGCAUUAGCCAAGAAUCAGAUACUGAGUCAUGUCCAUUAUCACCACCACAGGCACCAUCACUACAGGAAAGACCUAGAGUGUCCAUCUGGGAGAUCAGGCCAGGAACCCAGCCAGCGUAAGCCCCGGUUUGCUGGGGCUGUGCCCAGUGCUCGGACACAAAAGAGGACUGAGAAAACUCGUCACUGCAAACAGCCUCUUGAAAGCAGCCCAAUGUCCCAGGCUGCAUCUGUGUCAGGACAGCUCUCCUGUGUGCAUCAGGGACCUGACCUCUCAAAGCACCUCUCCUCUUCUGCAGACGGGUCUGACUUCAGCUGGGUGGCCAGUAGGCAAGCUGGAGCAGCUGGUCCAUUGUCUUUCCCGCUGUCACAGAAACAUGGCUUACAAAGCCGUCACCACAGAAGGAAACGGAAGUGCCGCCCGGAGCCUGUUCUGGCUCACCUUUCAGAGGACUCAGACGUGCACAAAGACUGCAAUGUUCACAUUCACUAUGGCCACUCCCCUGGCUACUGCUGCUCCCCAGAAGUUCAGCCACUGUUGCCAACGGCCCCUAUGCCCUAUUGCUCAGGCUCUCAGGUGGUUUGGAAGUGCCGAGUCCCGCCCUCCAACUUGGAGUCCCAGCAGCAGGACAAGGACCUAUCAGAAUGGGAGGGGAAACCCAUGUAUCCAGUUGAUUUCUCAGGGACAGGCACCACAGAAGACAACACAAGUCUUUACCUCCCCUGCCAAACGCUGCAACACAAUCAGGGAUCCAAGGAGGAGAUCCAAGAUGUGUACGAACAUUCUGUUUAAUGAAAGAUGAACUCAUCUGCAUACUACAGAGAGCCAGAGUGGACAAAACAUUCAGGAAACGAACAAGAACUGGAAUCAGUGACUUAUUUCCUGUAUCUCUGAGCAGGUAGUGUAGUAACAGUCCUAGUCUGCCCCACGCUGAGAAACAAAAUGUGCUGGUAACCUCCAUGAUGCCCCCUCCUGCCUGCUCCCCGCCCACUUUACUAUAUUGUGGUCACACAAAACCACCACUCCUCUCUCUUUUUAAGGCACGGACAGCACACACUGAUCAGAAGACACUCUGGGGGCAUGGACUUACUCAUUCCAACCCUGUGUCCAGUGUUCGUUAUCUGGAGAGCCUGCUGGGUAGACAUAAACCGGUAUUUUGGCAUGGUCACAAACCUGUGGGAGUUCGGAGGCUUUUGGAAAUGGGCAGACCCAUUAUGAGACUAAAAGCUGCAGAGAUGACAUUCUAUAGCCAAAGAGCUCCUGCCUUUUUCAUUUCCUCACUUAGGUCAAAGUCAGGCCAGCCUACUUCACUAACCCUGAAUACUCUUAUUUCUCCAACUUAAGCACAAGAUACUCUCUUCCAUUUCUACACUGCAGGAGCUCUCUUAGGUCUUGACCCUGCAAGAUGCUUCCAUUGACUGCAGUGGGAAUUGAGGGUCCCUGUCCCUUCAGCUGAGGCCAGGGUGGGGACAACUUGUAUUUUUGCCCAUACUAGGAUCCAGCUGGAGGAGCAGUGAGGACAUUCAGGAUUCUGCUAGCAUUUCCAGGAAAGAGCUGGGGCUGAGAAUCUUCUCAGAAUCCAUUACGUUACCUGGAAAUGUUAUUAGAUUCCUCAUUCAUCACUUAAGUCUUUGCUUAUUAUCAAAGUAGUUAUAAAGGCCAGCCCUGUAACUGUGCUGAGUAGCUCACUUGUGGUGCAUGUUUCAAAGCCUCUCUAAGCAUCUUUUUGGAAAGCAUGGGAAUCAUGGAGAAAUGAGAGACUAUCCUCUUCAUCCAUGAGCCAGCAUGGGUCCUCCUUCUCUGCCUUCCUCAGCGUGAUCAUUGCCAUCAUCAUCACAUGACACAGUGAGACGCACACUGAAGUCCCAGGGAAAGCAUCUGGGACAGUAAAUGCUCAGUAGAGCCCCAUCCCAACUAACAUUUCUGGAAACUUAAGCUCCUUUCAGUGACCUGCAAAAGAAUUCUUCAAAAUCAGCUGUGUCCUUUUCUAGCUUCUUUCUGAUGGAGACAUUGGGGAAAAAUUGGGGAGGUUUUUUUGUUGUUGCUUGUAUUUAUCUUAGAAAUCCAGGAAUUCAUGGAUUCACAAGUGUUAAGGCCAGA